CUUCCUGAGGUUUUGAAUAAAGUUUGUUGUGUGCCACGCGCAGUCAGGCCUUCAGUCAGCUGCGGGAAGAAGUAGCCCCCGGGCGGGGGAGGGGGCGGUAGAAAGGGGGUGGGAUGAGGCCCGGAAGCUGGCCUCGUGCUCCGCCCCCGGCGAACGGGAGGGGGCGGGACCUGGAGUCGCAGACACCUCCGUCGCUGCCUCAGCCGUAGCCACAGCCGAGUCUCCUGUGCUAGGAGCCGCGAGGUCCGGCCAAUCCGGAAGGCCGUCAGGGAGUCGGGCCGGGUCUCCUGCCGCCACCGCUGCCGACGUGACGCGACGUCGCGCCGCGGGAGGGCGGAGAGAGCGCCCUCGUUCGCGCUCGCGCUCGCGCCCGCCGCCACUCGCCCCCCGCGCUGCGACCGCUAUAGCUGCUCCAGCCGCACUCACCGCCUCCGCCUCUGUCGUCGCCGCCGCCGCCGCCGUCUUCGUUGUCCCUGUCCAUCUGCCCAGAGUUAGGGUCCACUUUCGGGACCCAGGCCGAGCCGCCCAUGUCUGCGGCGCCCGGCGAUCCGCCGGCCUCUGGCGGUCACGUUUGCCCCCCGCGAGGGGCACGGGCCCAGGAACGGGCCGAAGCGCGAGCCCAGGCGCGGGCCAAGAUGGCCUCCCCGCCGGUGUAUUGCCUGUGCCGGCUGCCCUACGACGUGACCCGCUUCAUGAUCGAGUGCGACCUGUGCCAGGACUGGUUCCAUGGCAGUUGUGUUGGUGUAGAAGAGGAGAAAGCGGUUGACAUCGAUCUCUACCACUGCCCCAAUUGUGAGGUCCUCCAUGGGCCUUCCGUUAUGAAAAGGCGCCGAGGGGCACCAAAGGUACAGGAGCUGCUGGCAAGCAAGGAAGGUGGGAAGACAGUGCAGACUGGGAGCCCCAUGUUUAUCCGCGAGCUUCGGGGAAGGCCCUUCCGCAGUGCUGAUGAGGUGAUCUUGAAGCCCACGGGGGCCCAGCUGACAGUAGAGUACCUAGAGGAGAACAGCUUCAGUGUGCCCAUUUUGGUACUGAAGAAGGAUGGCCUGGGGAUGACACUGCCCUCCCCAGCCUUCACUGUGAGGGAAGUGGAGUAUUAUGUUGGUUCUGACAAAGAGAUUGAUGUUAUUGACGUGACCCGUCAGGCUGAUUGCAAGAUGAAACUUGGGGACUUUGUGCGUUAUUACUGCAGCGGGAAAAGAGAGAAAGUCCUCAAUGUCAUCAGUCUUGAGUUUUCUGAUACCAGGCUUUCAAAUCUUGUGGAGACCCCUAAGAUUGUCCGGAAGCUCUCCUGGGUGGAGAAUUUGUGGCCUGAGGAAUCUGUGUUUGAACGACCCAGUGUGCAGAAGUAUUGCCUAAUGGGUGUACGGGAUAGCUAUACAGACUUCCAUAUUGACUUUGGUGGCACCUCUGUCUGGUAUCAUGUGCUCAGGGGGGAGAAGGUUUUCUAUUUGAUCCGCCCCACCCCUGCUAACCUGUCCUUGUUCGAAUGCUGGAGCAGCUCCUCCAACCAGAGGGAGAUGUUCUUUGGGGACCAGGUGGACAUGUGCUACAAGUGCUCCGUGAAGCAGGGCCAGACACUCUUCAUUCCCACAGGUUGGAUCCAUGCGGUGCUGACGCCCGUGGACUGCCUUGCCUUUGGAGGGAACUUCCUACAUAGCCUCAACAUCGAGAUGCAGCUCAAGGCCUAUGAGAUUGAAAAGAGACUGAGCACAGCUGACCUCUUCAGGUUCCCCAAUUUUGAAACCAUCUGUUGGUAUGUGGGAAAGCACAUCCUGGACAUCUUCCGAGGCUUACGAGAGAACAGGAGACACCCUGCUUCAUAUCUGGUUCAUGGAGCCAAAGCCUUGAAUUUGGCGUUCAGGUCUUGGACUAAGAAAGAGGCUUUGCCAGAGCAUGAAGCUGAGAUCCCUGAGACUGUGCGGACGGUCCAGCUAAUCAAAGAUCUGGCUAGGGAGAUCCGUCUGGUUGAGGAUAUCUUCCAUCAGAACAUCGGCAAGACUGGCAGCCCCUUUGGCCUCCAGAGGACUGGCACAGCCAGUGGUACUGCAGCCACCAAGCCAUCCCCUAGCCCUCUAGCCUCUGCUGCCAGGCUUUCCCCAGCCUCCAAAGGCAGCUCCAAAAAGCGAAGUUCCAAAGCCAAGGUGGAGACAGGGAAGAAGCUGGAGCGCAAGGGCAGAGAGAACAUGGCCCUGGCUGCUCCUCGUGAGCUGGACCUAAGUCUGCUGGACAAGUAUACACGACAGGCCCUGAAGACAGCAGCGGCCGGCAGCCCUCCCAAGGGCCAGUUUUUGAUUUCGAACACCUGCCUGGCUCCCCCAGAAGAGGAGCCGGACCUGGACCCAGAUGCAGACCUCGACUUAGAUUUGGAACCUGACAUUGAAGAGAGCCAAGUCACAACAGUGCUGGCCAAUGGCAGAUCAGCAAGUGAGAAGAAGAUGAAGGUCUCAGCUAGGUCCCGGAAUUCUAAGAGUACCUCAAGACGGGGUGCCAAAGCCAAGCAGCUGAUCAAAGGAGAGUUUGACCUGGACUCUGAAGAAGACCUGCAGAUUGAUGAGACACCUCGGAAGGAGAAGAAGGUCUCAGGAGCCAGAAAGAAGUUACCCAGUCAGAGGCGACAGGCUCGGUAUACCCCUCUUUGUGUCUUAGAAUUUCCCCGGAAGUUGCCUCGUGCCAAGCCCUGCUCUGACCCCAACCGGAUUCGGGAACCAGGGGAGGUAGAAUUUGACAUUGAGGAGGACUAUACGACUGAUGAGGACCUGGCAGAAGGGGUAGAAGCGCAGCUUGGGCAUGGCACUGCAACCACAGGGAUUCUAGAUCUGCUCAAGGCCAGCAGGCAGGUGGGGGGACCUGGCUAUGCUGCCCUCAAUGAAGCCCCUGCCUCCCCCAGUACCCAAGAAGCUAUCCAGGGGAUGCUGUGCAUGGCAAACCUGCGGUCAUCCUCAGCCUCCAGCCUUCAGGCCUGGUGGGCUGCAGGGCAGGAGGGUGGAGGCAGCAUCUCUGCUCGAGGGAAGACCGAUGGUCCCCGUGCCAUAGCCACCCAGCGGACCCUCAAUAAGCGAGCUGCAAAGCAGCCACCCCAGCAGAGAAUAGAGAGUGAGGAAGAAGAGGAAGAGGAGGCCGACGCGAGCCUAGAUGACGAACAGGAAAGCCUAGGGGCCUGCUUCAAGGAUGCCGAAUACAUCUACCCAUCUUUAGAGUCAGAUGAUGAUGACCCUGCUUUGAAAUCGCGCCCUCGAAAGAGGAAGAGCACCGAUGACGCUCCCUGGAGCCCCAAAGCCCGUGUGACCCCAACACUCCCAAAGCAAGCUCGGCCUGUUCGCGAGGGGACUCGUGUGGCCUCCAUUGAGACAGGUUUGGCUGCAGCAGCUGCAAAGCUAGCUCAACAGGAGCAACAAAGGGCCCAAAAGAGGAAAUAUUUAAAGAAGAAGCCAAUGGCAAAGGAAGUUGAGCAACCACCCUCUCAAGAUAGUGGCCCUGGCACAGCUGCCCCUGUGCCAGUACCCCCACCUGUAGUUGUACCACUCAGCCCCCCACCACCCACCGAGCCCAAGCAGGAACCCUUUGCGGGCAGUCUGGCUGACCACGAGUACACUGCCCGGCCCAGUGUUUUUGGCAUGGCCCAGGUGAACCGUGGCACCACACCCAUGGCACCAGGGGUCUUCCUGUCUCAGCGCAGACCCUCAGCCAGCUCCCAGGCGAGUCAGGCAACUCAAGGAAAGCGGCCCAAGAAGGGCCUGGCUACAGCCAAGCAGCGUCUUGGCCGCAUUCUGAAGAUCCACAGAAAUGGGAAGCUGCUGCUGUGAGCCCUCCCCCUGGGCAGAGCUGCCCCCCCCCCCCACUCCCAGUUCCCCAUGGCCCUGCUCCCUGUUUUGGUCUCCCACCCACCUGACCCCCCUCGGAGGUUUUGUUUUUUUCCUUUGCAGAUACACUCCUUGUGCCAGGCCUCCCUUUCCUGUGGAGCUUUCCUGGCCAGCCUUGGGGAUGGCUGGCUUCAGGGGCCAAUGUCCUUGGGGGAGGGACAGAUGGAGGCAUGGACAGACAAAGGGAGGGGAGGAGGGAGCCUGACCCUUCUUUGCUUCACUGGCCUCUGAUUCCAUUUCAUUUUGCCCUUCCUGGCCUUUUUGUUGUUCUUGUUGUUCACUGCCCUGUUAGAGAGCGAGGAGGCUUGUGAGGGACCUUCCUUCAGCUUCUCCCCUGUUUGAAUCAGCUAAAGCCUAAGAGCAAGGGGGACCAGGUGCUCUUUAAACAGUUAGCUGUCUUUGGCUUUGCUGGCCUUCCCCUUUGUCUGGGCCCAUUCACCUAGCUAGGAGGGAACAGAACAGGAGGCACACUAUAGGCCUCCCGCCAUGCCACCUCUUGUGGCUCAUAUGGAAGCCACAUAUGAACAGCCAGCCCUUUGGCUGGUCCACCUUCCUGUCUUGCUCCUCCUCUUUGAGGUGCCAGGUCUUUGACACUGGAUGCUGUAGGGGCUGCCUUCCAUCACCUCGUUAGACCCAGAAGCACCCACAAGCAAAGCGUUACCCCCACUCACAAAUACCCCUGCUUGGCCCCUUCACCUCCAACACGGCCGGGUCGGCACGGUUGGAAAAGGGAGUCUGUCUGAACCACCUUUCAGCUCAGCUGCUUCCUCUGUUGGCUGGGAUUGUUGCUGGUGACUUGACGGAGGGAUAGGGGUGGAGGGGGCUGGUUUCCCCACUGGGACACCACCAGCAGAAGGGGCCAUUUGCUCAACGUCUGAGCCAGCAGCAGUGAGGUCUUUGAGGGGUCCACUUGUGGCUGAUCUUGGUGAUGUGGUGAUCCCACCCACCUGCCCUGGCUCCUGACUUGUGUUUCUGCAUCCCAAGCUUCCAUCCACUUCAGUGGAACCGACUUGAGAGAGGAAGGCUUCUGGGGCAGGCUUCACCUUCAGCCCCAUCCACUGCUCUGCUUUCUCAGAUCUCAUCCUUCCUAAGUCUCAGUUAAGCAUGGGCUGGAGCCCAGCUCCCUUCUCUCCCCAACGUGGAGGUAGGGCUGACAGCAGAGAGAGAGGGAGAGAGGCCAAGGCAGCUAAUUGCUAUUGGAAGACCGCCUGGUUUGGGGUAACCCACCCCAGCUCCAUCCAGGAGACUGCAUUUCAUUUUUGAUUUCUGAGGUUUGGGGCCCCUUGUUUGCCUUUUCUGUUGUUGCUGACAAACGAAGGACAAGGAUGGUAAAGUAAAGGCGUGUCCUCCCUCCCUCCAUGUAGUCCUACAAAGCGCUCCUUGGGGGCACCCGUUUUCUUUGGUGGACUUUUCACGUUGGGGGGGGGGGAUGAGGAGGGCUACAUCCUGAGGGAGGGAACCCAGCCUUGGACUCUCCCUCCUUAGCCAAAGAGCCAGCCACAGGCUGGGCUAAGGGCCCAGGAGAAGAGCAUUUCUAUUCAUCUGGAUUAUAUUUUUACAAAAGAGAAAACAAACUUGAGCUGCCACCACACUUCUGUACAUGUUGAAAUCUAUUUUUAGACGUGGGGAGGAUUGUGUAUUUCGGAAGCAAAGCCAGACUUUGGUGGUGGUGGCAGUUCCUUUCAGUUUGAGGGCCCCCCCCCAAUUUGGUGUUAUUACUGAUGUAAUUUAUAUUUUUUAUUUAGAUCCGUCCUUUCCUAGAGAGAUAAAACUUGUUAUAUCUUCGCACUGA